AUGUCUGUAUAAAUCAAAUUACAUACAGGAUUUUUUACGUAUGUCACCGAUGUCAUUGAAACAAGGGGAGCAAUUUUAUUAAUGUUUUCUGUAGUAAUUAUCUCAAGUUAAAGUAAACGUUAAUAAUUGUGGCUAAGGUAAGAGAACCUCCGCGUGUUCCUGGAUCGGUGAUUUCCAUUACCUUCAUGAUUGAUAUUUCAUUUCAUCACAAAAAUAACAUCGUUAAUUGUUCCCUAAUUUACAGGAAGAAGACAGUAAAUAACUUUUAACGACCAACAAAUCAUUCAACUUUUGCUGACACACUUUUCGUUUGGAUUUCAAAGCGAAAACACAAAUUAUUUGGAUUGGCAAAACACAUCACAAACUGUGGACUUUUCUUCUACUCACCAGCGUAAACAACUGUCACAAUUUAAUAGGAUCUCUCUCACUAAUUAACACACAGAGUUAAAGAAGGUAUUGAACCUACGAGCCUGUUUGUCCGAGAGUUAAAUCGUUUUCUGUGGUUCUUAAGAAACAAAGAAUCCGUUGUAGAGUUAACUAUCCAUCUAUCGUUGUCUUGUGCCAUUUCGCAUUGCUAAACUACAUUCAGCAGCACACACACACAUAGGUUAAUAUCUAGAUCCACAUAUAUACACACACGCUUAUUUGUAUCGAGUACUUUGACAAUACGUAAAUAGAAAUUGAUUGCCUCUACAUGGAUAUAGGGACCCAGUCGGCAACAGUUUUUCUGCUGCUAAGUAAUAUGUAUACAUGGAACGAUCGUUGUAGUUCCACGCAAUUAAACAGACCUUCUUGAUAUUAGUGACAAAAAGCUAAACCGUAAUUAACUCACAGACGUACUCCAGCUUCGAAGAAUUCGUGAAUGAACAUGGAGGACGUUAAGGACUUCAAUACGUCUAACACAACUGUUUUUAACAAUACAAAUACAGUUAGGGACACGGAGAAAUAUGAGAAAUCUCUACAUGGGGAAACAUUUACUAAACGAUUGUUCCAGGUAAAUAUUACGAAACAUAAAUGUGAUGUUUGUGGGAAACUUUUCUCUUUAGAACAGGAAAUCUUCGAACACAAAGAAAUGCACAAUAGGAAAAAACCAUAUCAGUGUGAAAUAUGCGGCAAGUCGUUUGUGUGUAGUAGUCAAUUAAAAAUACAUAACAGAACUCAUACGGGAGAAAAACCUUAUCCCUGUGAAAUAUGUGGAAAAGCAUUUGGCUCUAAAAGUAAUUUAACACAACACAUAAAAACACACGCUGGGAAAAAACUCUAUCACUGUGAAAUAUGCAGAAAUACUUUUGUGUCGAGAACAAAUUUGAAAAUACACAACAGGAUUCAUACUGGAGAAAAACCCUUCUGCUGUGAAGUUUGUGGAAAAUCAUUUGUGUCUAAUAUUCAGUUAAAAACACAUAAAAGGAUCCAUACUGGAGAAAAACCUUAUCACUGUGAAAUAUGUGGAAAAGCAUUUGUAACUAGUUGUCACUUAAAAGAGCACAACAGGACUCAUACAGGAGAGAAACCGUAUCACUGUAGAAUAUGUGGAAAAGCAUUUAUAUCUAGUAGUAAGUUAAAACUACAUGACAGGGCCCAUACUGGACAAAUACCCUUCCACUGUGAAAUAUGUGGGAAAGCAUUUAUGUGUAGUAGUAAAUUAAAAAUACACAACAGGACCCAUACUGGGGAAAGACCAUAUUGUUGUGAAAUUUGUGGCAAAUCUUUCUCUAACAAUGCCAAUCUUGUUGGACACAAAAGAACACACACCGGAGAAAAAGCUUUUCUCUGCGUGAUUUGUGGGAAGUCGUUUAGCUUGAAUUAUUCUUUAAAAAGACACAAAACAACACACACUGGAGAAAAACCAUUUGUCUGUGAGAUAUGCGGAAUGUCUUUUAGUUUGAAUAAUUCUUUAAAAAGACACAGAAGAACACACACUGGAGAAAAACUCAGUCAUUGUGAAAUAUGUAACAAAUAUUUCUCUAAUAAUUUCAAUCUUUCUGUCCAUAAGAGAAUACACAGUGGAGAGAAAACUUGUUACUGUGAAAUAUGUGGGAAAAGUUUCUUUCAUAAAUCUUAUCUUUCUGCUCACAGAAGGACACAUACUGGAGGGAAAUCCUUUAAAUGUAACAUCUGCGGCAAAUCUUUCUCCAAUAAUAAUGUCUUGUCACAACACAAAAAAAUCCACACUGGAGAAAAACUGUGUUGUGAAAUAUGUGGUAAAUCUUUUUCUUAUAAUUCAAAUCUAAUAGUUCACAGAAGAACACAUACCGGAGAAAGACCGCAUCCUUGUGAAAUAUGUGGGAAAUCGUUUACCAGAAGUGAUAGCUUAAAGAAACAUGCAACAAUGCACACUGCAUGAAACGUUGAUCAUGAUAGCCAUGUAUUUCUUUUAUAGCAAGAUACUUGUGCAUGUUCCUCUGUCUUGCUUUAGCCAUGUGUUUCCUCUGUAGUAAGACACCUGUGCAUGUCCUAGGCUGAUUUUGUUUCACCUAACGUUGAAUUAUACAGGGGUAUUCAAAAAGAAUGAACCAAUUUCAUUACGCUAUAUUUUGAUAAGGAAAAGCAAUAGAAAAACUCCAGCUAAGUCACAAGUAUUUACUCACAAUCAACUUUUAUUUCCUGAAACUUGUGGUCGUCCUGGACUUUUUCCGUUACACAGAUACCCCCUCUCUUGAAACUGUUGAAACCACCAUCGAAUUUGAACUCAGAACGUAAAGACAGACAAAAUACCGCUAAGCAUUUCGCCUGGCAUCCUAACGUUUCAGCCAGUUUGCCGCCUUACAUGUAGAAUGAAUAUUCUUUUCUACUCUAGGUACAAGGCCUGAAAUUUUGUGAGAGGGGCCAGUCGAUUAGAUCAACCCCAGUACACCACUGGUACUUAAUUUAUCAACCCUGAAAAGAUGAAAGGCAAAGUUGACCUCAGCGUAAUUUGAACUCAGAACAUAAAGACAGACGAAAUACCAUUAAGCAUUUCGCCCGGCAUGCUAACAUUUCAGCUCACCACUUUGCAUGCAGAAUGAAUAUUAAAACAUUGACGAUGGUGGUAAUUCACAAAUUAUACCAACCACUUUAUGUAGAUGUUAAUUUCUGGACACCAUCAACUGGUGUUUCAUCAUUAAUUGAUGCCUGACUGUCUACUGCCUCACAUGUGCCUAAGCAUAGGCGGCCCUAUCAAAACCAGAAAUCGGGUUGCAAACAGAAGAUUUAUACAGCGAUGAAGUUCUUUUCUUUUUUUCUGACCUUCCUUCAUCAUCAGAUGGUGAUGACACUCUACACAGCAGAGAAAAAAAAAACUGAUGCUUCAACCAGCUCUAAAUGGGAAAAGUGUACAGAUUCUUCUCCAUCCACUGAUUGCAAAUGGAAACAAAUACUUUAUGACACUCAUUCAUAAUGGUAUUGUAAGUUUUAUUGUGCGAGAGACUAACGAGGAUUAUAAAUUUUUAAAAUUUGUUUGAAAUGAAAAUAAAUAUAAGAAUUGUCCUUUAGAAAAAGA